GCCAUGGUCAUGAUCCUGGGAUACUGGGAAAUCCGCGGGCUGGCUCAUGCCAUCCGCCUGAUUCUGGAAUACACAGACUCAAAAUAUGAAGAAAAGAAGUAUAUAUGGGGAGACGCCCCUGACUAUGACAGAAGCCAUUGGUUGAAUGAAAAAUUCAAGCUGGGCCUGGACUUUCCCAAUCUGCCCUACUUAGUGGACGGGUCUCACAAGAUCACCCAGAGCAACGCCAUCCUGCGCUACAUCGCUCGCAAGCACAACCUGUGUGGGGAGACAGAAGAGGAGAAGAUUCGAGUGGACAUGUUGGAAAGCCAGGUUAUGGACACGCGUAUGAGUCUUGCUCUAAUGUGCUACAACCCUGACUUUGAGAAGCUGAAGCCACAGUACCUGAAGGAGCUGCCUGAAAAGUUGAAGCUCUACUCUGACUAUCUGGGGAAGCGGCCAUGGUUUGCAGCGAACAAGAUCACGUUUGCAGACUUCCUUGUUUAUGACGUCCUUGAUGUAAACCGGAUCUUUGAGCCCAAGUGCCUGGAUGCCUUCCCAAACCUGAAAGACUUCAUGGCCCGCUUUGAGCGUCUGGAUAAGAUUGCUGCCUACAUGAAGUCCAGCAGGUACCUCCCACGACCUCUCUUUGGAAAGCCAGCCGUGUGGGGCAGUAAAUAA